GUGAGCCACGAGCGAAAAUAUGGCCGCUCUGAAAACCGCCACCAGGGCGCCAGAGAUUUCUCACAAAUACGCGCUCUGUGCGCCUGCCCACGUGACGCAAUACUUAUGCGUCGUCCGUCGAUCACGCCAAAGUGCGGAUGUCCAGCAGCGUCUCAUAGACAACCACGAUCAACAACUUCUGGGAGGAACAAAGUAACAUCCACGACGUCCAAUCGACAAACGGCUGUUUCUACGACUGUCUCUACAACGGGACGAAUUUUCAAUGGAAAACCCAGUAGAAGAGGAUCUUGGCCGUGGCAAGUCUCUCUGCAGCUACUACAUCCGAAAUUAGGUUUUAUCGGUCAUUGGUGCGGUGGAGUUCUCAUCGAUCCUAAAUGGGUCAUUACGGCGGCACAUUGUAUCCACAACGAUCUCUUUAAUCUUCCAAUCGGUGCCUUAUGGACGGUUGUAGUCGGAGAAUGGGAAUUAGAUUCCGGUAGUCGUGGAUCAGCCAGAUUACCCGUCGAACGAGUGAUACUUCAUGAGAGAUUUAAUAAUUAUGUUCACGAUAUCGCUCUAAUGAAACUCGCUAGACCAGCGCCUCUUUCCAAGGUAGUGAAGACGAUAUGUCUUCCGGACGCGGAGGAAAAACUCGCGGACAGCAAUUGCGUAGCAUCCGGUUGGGGUCGUUAUGGACCUUCGCCAUCUCUCUCGACUGCGCUCCUCGAGGCUUCGGUGCCAUUGUUAAAUCUCGAAGAGUGCUUGCACGCUUACGGAAAAUCCGUUCCUAUUCUUAAUGGCCAUUUAUGUGCUGGACACAUCGAUGGCUCUUCGGGAAGCUGUGUUGGAGAUUCUGGAGGUCCCCUACAAUGCCGUCGUUCAGACGGUGUCUGGCAAUUGGCCGGUGUUACUUCUUUUGGUUCUGGAUGUGCUAGACCAGGAUAUCCCGAUGUUUACACUAGGAUACAACACUAUUUGAAUUGGAUAAGAAACAUUAUCGACAAUGAUAGCGACAUAUAAAUUAUUAUUCAUCGUGAAUGGAUCAUAUGAAACAAGCUACAAUUCAUAGAUUAUACUCAAUUAUUGCAUGUUUGUAUAUAUGCAUGUAUAUAUGUAUGUGUCAUAUAUGCACAAAGUGAGUCACAUAAAUUAUUAAUAGUCAAUAUCUAUAAUGUCUACAAGCGGUAUUAAUAAUUUAUGUUUUUUACAAAUGAUUUUCAAAAUCUUUGAUAUAGUCUUUUUAAGAUUUUUCGAUUUUUACUAUCACUACUUAAUGAGACAAAACUGCGCCAUUCUGAAUUUUUGCUAAAUAUGUUUAUAUAUAUAUUUUUUUUUAAUUUUUCGUCAUAUUUAUAACGUAUGAUAAAGGAAACAUUUGUUAUUUGUAUAACUUAAAGAAGUAUAAAAUCCAGUGGGAAACUAAAAAAGGGCAACGAAAGUAUUCUCUUCUUAACUUCCGAAGAAAAGCUAUUUGCCGGCAAAUGGAAAAAUUCAUCCGUGUACUAUUGCGAUUGAUAUUCGUUUCCAUACUCGAGACAAGAAGAUCUGCAUUUAUAUAGGGUGUAUUACGAACUCCCGUUUUCAUAGGGACGUUGCGUAACAUCAACGUUAUAUGUGUAAUACAAUCAAAGUGGUUGCGCUUCUUCGAUGAAAUUAGAAAUAUCGAUUUAUAGCUAGGCGUACGCAGUAUAGUCCAAGUAUCUACGUACAUACAUAUUAUUACAUCGAAGUGAAUACAUUAAUUAACCUAAUACAAAACACUCAACGCAGGAAAGCCUACGUAAGAGCUUCUACCAAUAAAGCUACUCGAUGCAUCACCUGAAACAAGAAAUCGUAUUCAGUAUUAUUGUUUCAACUUGACAAUAAGUGUAAUUUAUUUUUAAGUAACUCUACUACAUUCUGUAUUUUAAUUAUUAUUAUUGUUGUAAUAUAUGUUACAUAUAGGUAUACAUGUAAAUAUAUUGUCUUAAAACAAGCAAACGAAAAGCAAGACAUUAUUAUAAAAAUAAAAUAUGAUAUUGUAUAUACCUUUUGUUGAUAUAAUUACAAGAAAAAGUUAAAAGCCUAUGGUUGAAGGGUGAAGUUUUAACCCUUUGAUACUAAGUUUGCAAGUUUAAUAACGUAGUUAAAUUCUAAGUGUUAUCGAACAGUAAAUGCAUCAGGUGCACGUCAGCUAGCUAUUCAAUUAUUUGAUAAUAUAUUAAUCGCGUUGUGUUAUUUUAAGAAUAUUGAAAACGUAUAGAAUAACAUUAUAUUAUUUAAAUAAUCUUAUCAUGCUCUUUCUGCAUUAUUUCCAUAAGUUUCUUGAUUCAAGUACUUGAUUAAAAUAUGCGAUCACAAAAUGAAAUUAUUAAUCGAACGAAUAUUAUAAUAAUCAACAUAGUAAAUUAAUAUUAUAUACUAUUCCACGUGUUUUAGUCGUAUUUAUGCGAAACGUGUCACUUAUCACACGCACACAUACACCAAUUUACCAAUUACUACUAACUAAUUACAUUAUGUCUUGUUACGUUAUCGCACACCUGGUGUUGUCAGUAUUAGUUUCAUUUACAUAGGAAAAAUUUAUAGAAAUACGUUCGGACUAAUUAAAC